UUGAUGAUGGUCAAUGGAUUUGUUAUUGCAUAUUUGCAUUAAAAAAAUAAAUGCUGCUGCAAUCGUAUUCUAUUAUCAGAUCCACUUGACACAAAACAUGACAUUGGUGAUGACAAGUGUAUGCUGUGUUAUCAUAACAGAACAGAACAAUAAAACAAGAUGUUGUUUAAAUUGAUUAUGAAAAUAUUUUGGUUGUAAAAACUAAUCCCAAAGAAAAAAAAAUAUGCUAACAAACGCUGAUGAUGAUGAUAAUGAUGGAAAUACUUGUAAUUUUGUUAUUUUUCUACUAAUCAAAUCAUUACCAAUCUUCAAUAAUGUCAACAUCUGAUUUACAAUCAUUGAUUCAAACAUAUUGUCUUUUUACGUUUGUUUGUUUCGAGCCACCACCACCAUCAUCGCAUUCACCGAUUCCAUGUCCUGAUUAUUGUCAAUGUUUUACGGCUCCACUUGAUGAUGGUGUUCCGAAUCAAACGCUUAGUUUAAUUUGUGAACGAAUCAACUCAUUACAGGAUGAUCGAUUUCCCAAUCCUGAACAAUAUUUUAUAUUGAAUUCGUUGAUAAUCAGAGCCAAAGAUGAAGAUUUCCAACCAGUGAAUAAUCCGACAACAAAUAUUGCAGUUCGUCAUUUAACAUUACAAGGAUUUAAUGGCCAAUUUUCAAAUGUUGGAAAUCAAAAACCAACAAUAUUUGAUUGGCUUGAUACUACCGCAAUAAAAUCAUUAUCAUUCAUUGAAUGGAAUCAUAAUGUUACCACUUAUGAUUCAAUUGCUUUCGAUUUUGCUAAAAUGAAACAUUUCUCUGAAUUACAAGUGCUAAGAUUUGAACGCUGUUCAUUGGAAAUUAUGGAUGAAGAUUUUAAUAGUUGUGCAUUACAUAAAUUACAUACAGUGAUUAUAACACGAUCGAAACUUGAAUAUAUUCAUCGACAAGCUUUUCAUACAAAAGCUCGGCAAUUACGUCGAAUUAUUGUGGCUGAAAAUCAAUUAACCAAUUUAAAAUGGAUAACUUCGGUACCGGAACCAUUUGAAUCGCUUUGGCAAUUGGACUUGAGUCACAAUCGUCUGAGAAUAUUACCCAUUGAACUGAUUGAUAAAUUACCUAAUCUAAAUGUUUUAUAUGUUCAUGGAAAUAAUUUUAAAUGGUUCGAAUUGAAUACGUUACAACCAUGGUUCAAAAUUCAAGAAUUUCGUUUAUCCAACACAGACACUAAUGUUUUAUAUGUAAAUGAUCGAAUGCAAUGGAUUAGUGAAUUUCCCUCGAUAUCCAAACAAAUUCAUUCAUCAUUUACAAUGGAUUCUUUUCUCAAUCAUUAUCAUUAUUGUACGGAAGAAGAAGGUUUAAUCAAAAUGGAUUAUUUAUUGAAAAAUUUAGGAUCAUUACGUUUUCGUUCAUACAUACCAGAUCGUCUGAUUAUUGACAAUAUUGGUGAUCAUGGUCAAUUGAUCAUUAAUCAUUGCGAUGUCAAUGACAAUUCCGUUCAAAUGAAUGAUCCAAUCUAUUUGAUUGGCCUGGAAAUAUCUCCUGUUUUGAUUCAUCACAAAGAUUCGUUUUUUAAAACUCGUUUUCUGCUUGAAAAUGCCAUACCACCGAUGCAGAUUGUUCGCACGAUAAAACAUGCUAUAAAAUUACCAUUGAUGAAUAUGGACAUGUGGAACAUAUGGAUGAAUGGACAGGAUAAACUAACUGCAGAUGAGGUGAUAUUAUGGAUUGAUAUUGUUUGCGAACUUUUAGAUCUAGUCUAUACGAAAGGUCAAUACGUAAUGUUGACACUUUGGCCAUAUGAAAAUUCUAUCAAUUUUGCAAUGCCAUCUGAUUUGUUACACGCCGAAAAUUUCAAAGCUUCAAUAAUUAAACCAUUACUCGAUGAAAUUGGUAAUCAUCCAGCAUUAAUCGGUAUUGAAAUUGUUGAUAAUGCUUUUCAUCGACAGUUAUCGAAUUCAAAACAGAAUCUAGACCCUGAAAAACUUGAUGGUUGUCCAUAUGAUGAAGAAUUUCUUCGACAAAUUCGUGAUGAAAUGGAAUUUAUUUCCUAUCAUGUACGAAUGUUUGAGGAUUUCACUAGUGAACAUAUGAUUGGUAUCGGUAUGGAUAGUAAUUGUAAACCAUGUUUACCAUUAUUAUUGAUUGAUGAAUGUUUAUUUGGUGGAUCAAUAAAAAAUGAAGCCAAUGUUAUUGAUUUUGUUACAAUACGUAGUGCAGUUUCAGCCACUAAUUCUGAAUAUGGACAUCGUCGAUUGCAAACUGAUUAUCAAAAAUGGUUUUCACAACAUUCGAAAAUGAAUUCAAUCGAUAAAAAACAUCUUUUCUAUUCAAUAUACGGUGAUGAUGUUACCCUGUCUGAUGAUGAUGUACAAAUAUUGAAACAAUUUACAAUGGGCUAUUUUACACCUUCCUAUUAUAAUCCAUUUGAUUUACAUAAUCAUAAUCAAAUCAGAACAGCAAAUACAACGAUAUAUGAUUAAAAUUUUAAUUUUCCGUGCUCAA